CACACAGGCAGGUUGUCAUUGUCAGGGUCGGGACGAAGAUUACCGACUGAAGUGCGAAAAUGACUUCUCCGUUAUUAGCUUGGAAAAGGACAUUUGCCAUUCUGCAAAGGUGUUCACCACAAUGCAGCAUAGGGGGUAAUUCUUGUUCUGCUCGAUGCUUUUCAGAGACACAGAGUGUUCCAACCAUCAGACAAGUUAGGAAACAGUUGCAGGUAUUGGUUGGAACACAGAAAGUAUGGAGCAACCAGCAGCAGGAUCGAUCAGCUCUCUUCAAACAGCUCGCCAAUAAGCAGGAUGACCUUACAGUGAAAUGCAUGAAAGACAGCUACCAGGAGGCGGUCAUCCCACUAGCCGACGACCCACGCAUCCAAGAGAAAUACCUCAAUUUCUACAACACGGUGCGGAUCGGCAAGAUACUAGAAGACUUGGAUACAUUCGCUGUUUCCACGUCUUAUCUGCACAACAGAGAGUCACAGGGUCAAUCCUCACCUCUGGUUAUUGUUACAGCCCUGGUCGAUAGAAUAAAUUUUCAUGAGUUGGACAUAAAGUAUGACAAGGAUAUCAAGAUGUGCGGCAAUGUGACGUGGGCGGGGAAGAGCUCGAUGGAAGUCACCAUGAAUCUGCACCAGAAACAAGAUGAUAUUAACUGGAAGAAAUUGCUUGGUGCGAGAUUUCUGAUGGUCGCCAGAGACCCAAACAAUAGAGGCGCUACAUUCGUACAUCCGCUAAGAGCGGAAACACCAGAGGAAGCAACCAUUCUAGAAAGAGGGGAGAAGAAUAAACAGCUGCGUCUCCAUCGCUCGGAGCAGUCGUUAUUCAAGAGCGCCCCAACAGCUGAAGAGAGAGAAAUCAUCCAUAGGCUUUUUGUGGAUACGCUCGAUACAAAGUCAGCCUCCUUCAGCACAAGAACGAAGCCUACAAACUCAGUCUGGAUGGAAGACUCGAAGCUUAAGAAUCUCCUCAUCUGCUUCCCAGAGCAACGGAACUUGUACAACAAAAUCUUUGGUGGUUUUCUAAUGAGACAAGCAUUGGAACUGGCUUACGCAAAUGCUGCUGUGUACUGUCAAACGAGACCCAUUUUCAAGUCGGUAGACAACAUUCAGUUCCGAAAACCAGUCGAGGUUGGAGACUUGCUCUACCUAUCAUCACAGGUUGCCUUCACAGAUGGCCAUUACAUGCAACUCAGGGUCCAUGCUGAGGUCGUUGACCCAACGACUGGCGCACGAGACACCACCAAUGUAUUCCACUUCACUGUCAAGUCAUCGAGUCAGGGUCCCAUACCCAUGGUACGACCUAAAACCUAUGGAGAAUCAAUGUUAUUUCUGAACGGUCGAAGACACUUUCUGGAGUUUUUGGAGGAGAAUCCUGAAGAAGCAACAACAUAGAACACCAUUGUGGAGGAUACGGCUUGGGGAGGAGGCACACACACAAGAUGCCGCACCUUUUAUUCGUUUAAAGACACUAGACACUAUUGGUAAUUGUCAAAUGCUAGUCUUCUCACUUGGUGUAUCUAAACAUAUGA